AUGCCCGCAGAGGCGGCCAGCAGCGCCGGCGGUGCGGAACCUCCCGGCAUUCCGCGAGAACGGAGGAGGAGGCGCGGCCGUGCGCGGGCGCGUACCGAAGCGCUUCUGCACACCCUGAAGCGCAGCCGAAGGGUAAAAGCCAACGACCGGGAGCGGAACCGCAUGCACCACCUCAACGCCGCCCUGGAUGAACUCCGCAGCGUUCUGCCCACUUUCCCCGACGACACCAAGCUCACCAAGAUCGAGACCCUGCGCUUCGCCUACAACUACAUCUGGGCCCUCUCCGAGACCCUCCGCCUGGCCGAGCAGUGCCUCCCGCCGCCCCCCGCCUUCCGCGGGGUCCCCCCGCCCAGCCCGGGCAGCGAUGCCGGUUCCUGGCUCUCCACCGGCUCCCCCUCCGCCCCCUCGCUCUGCGCCUCCGCCUCUGGCCCCAGCAGCCCCGCCACCUCCGAGGACUGCGCUUACGCACCCCCCGACAGCCUGCGCGCUUUCCGCGGGCUGCCCGCCGCCGCUCCCCCCGGCGCUCCCUGCCUCUAG